GCAGCUUCCCCUGAUUGUGUUGUUAUGUAUUUAACCGGAAGUAGAAGAAGAAGCAGGAGAGGCUUUCUUCCGCUGGCUAGCUGCUGCUGGAAAGUAGCGACAACAUUUUCAGGAUUGAAUCAUAAUGAGUUAUGCAGAGAAGCCGGAGGACAUAACAAGGGAAGAGUGGAUGGAUAAACUCAACAAUGUCCACAUACAGAGAGCAGAUAUGAACAGGCUCAUUAUGAACUACCUUGUGACAGAGGGCUUCAAGGAGGCAGCGGAGAAGUUCAGGAUGGAGUCUGGCAUCGAGCCUAGUGUGGACUUGGACUCCCUGGACGAAAGAAUCAAGAUCAGAGAGAUGAUCUUAAAGGGACAGAUCCAGGAUGCCAUCGCACUGAUCAACAGUCUGCACCCAGAACUGCUGGAUACAAACCGUUACCUCUACUUCCACUUACAGCAGCAGCAUCUGAUUGAGCUGAUCCGUUUGAGGGAGACCGAAGCGGCCCUCGAGUUCGCUCAGUCUCAGUUAGCAGAGCAGGGAGAGGAGAGCCGGGAAUGUCUGACCGAGAUGGAGAGGACACUGGCCCUGCUGGCAUUCGACAACCCAGAAGAGUCACCUUUUGGAGAUCUGCUCAAUAUGAUGCAGAGACAGAAGGUGUGGAGUGAAGUCAAUCAGUGUGUGCUAGACUAUGAAAACAGAGAGUCGACACCCAAGCUGGCCAAGCUCCUGAAGCUGUUGCUGUGGGCUCAAAAUGAACUCGACCAAAAGAAAGUGAAGUACCCCAAAAUGACAGACCUCAGCAAGGGAACCAUUGAAGACCCCAAAUAAGGACCCGCAGUGCAAACAUACCACAGCAUUACAAAAUGGACACAUUUCCUUUAUCUAUUUAUACCCCCACAAACUGACUCACCGAGAGCUCAACCUUUUCUUUUUGUAAGGGUUGCUUUUUGAUACUUUAAUAACGUAGAAUGUGAAGACUGGAUUGAUGGCAUUUUGAAAUGACUUCUCAUGCUAACAUAACAUGCAGACCAUAAUUUUACUUGGUAUUAUUAUUUACAUACUUAUUUAUGUAAACUUGGUUCACUAGUUUUUCUGUCUGUUGGCAGGGAAAGUUGCUUGCAUAAGAGGACGUGAAUAAAGCCUAAAUUAGGCUGUCACAUUUGGUGUGUGACCACUAUGAACAGGCAUACUUUGAUGUUUCAGGAGAAUUGGUGUGCACUGCCACAAGUAAACAGACUUUUGCGUACAAAAAGCAUAAAUAUUUCAGCUUGUAGUCCAUUAGUUAGUGCUUUAUGUGACGGCAAUAGCAGAAGCAAGAUACUUGGGAUGUUUUAAACUACUGUGACACUGAAAGUUAAAUUCAGCUUUAGAUUCAUAAUGCGUUAUUGCUUGAGACAUUACAAAUAUAUGCUGAUAUAAAUGCAAACAACGAUUUAAAAAAAAGUUGAGCUAUACAUUACAGUAAGUAGUUGAACAAAGCGAGAUUCCUGGAAUGACUUCAAACAUUGUGGUGUACUGUGACUGCAAGCGUAAAGGCAGCCUCAGAUUCAUACUGUUAUAUCACUGAUUAUAAAAGAUGUGAAUGAGAACAUUACGUCUAUGUCAGCAUACAUGGAGAUACUUUUACAGAUGGAUUAUUUACAUGUAUGGAAUAAGUAGCUCUUUUUGCAAAUUUGAUGUGCUUUUUUUGCUGGGAUAUUAUUUUGCAAUAAAAGUGAAUUUUUAAACAGCACAA